AUGGCUCAUGGUAUUGCACUGAUCACAAUCAACGGUAUCGUCUGCGUUUUGGGAUCACUUGGAAACUUACUCGUUUGUUUGGCCAUUGCUACAAAUUCCCGCCUACGCCGAGCCUCUUACUACCUUUUAUUCAGCUUGGCGAUCGCUGAUCUAAUCGUCACUUUGAUAUGCGAGCCUCUCCUUUUGGGGGUCAUCAGCUCGAUGGCAUUCUUCAACGAGUGCGCAGCUAGCCUGCACGUUGCGUACUUCAUUUCAUUCCAUCUCUCAUGUACCACCUCUGUCUUGCAUAUGGUCGCAAUCAGUCUUGAUCGUUUCGUUGCCGUUGUGUUUCCACUGCAACACAGAAAAUUCAUCGAGGGAUGUGCACUUAAAGUUAUGCUCACACUAUCAUGGUCUAUUCCGAUUCUUGCUCCCGCUUUGAGGUACAUCGUUCCGCGUGCUCUUUUUCCCGGCUCAUUCAUUAAAUUUCUGAGAAUGACAACUUUUGCCGUCAGCUAUUUCUUUAUUUUCUUUUUCUACAUUCUGAUCGUGGCAUUUUUGCUCCACCACAGGAAGGCAAGAAAGCAGCUAGGGACUCGAACAGUUUCUGUGAAAUUUACUUCCCGAAUGGAGGUGCGUGUUGCUUACACACUGGCAGUCGCAAUGGGCGCGUUCACUGCUUGCUGGAUUCCUCUGAUCAUUGCAAUGGGUUUUUUCACUGGAAAACCUUUUGUAAAACAGAACAUUCAUCUACUCAUGUGGCUCCGAACUCUGGCUCUGUCAAACUCAGCCAUGAACUUUCUGAUUUACUCUGCUAAAAUCCGGGAAUUCAAGGAGGCAUUCGUUAGCAUCAUACGAAAGAUGCUCCGCUUGUAGAGUGCUCGGCAGUUGCUAAAGUUUUAAGAACUGAAAAACUUCUCUAAAGUUGAAAUCGAAAUUAUUCAUUCUAAAGCAUUGUUUGGGAGAAAACGGUCGUUUUGUGCCCGUGGUAUAGGUUGAAGGCAUAUAUGCUUAAGACUUGCGUGGCGGUGGACGAAAAAAUGACCGUCUUGUUAUUCUUAGCAUAUAUUCAUAUGGCACACCAAAGGAAAAUUUUAUCCCUACACGAACUAUUGAACUUAAAGUCAGUUAUAAUUUGCAGAUUGUGCAUGAGGUACAUAAUGAUCGAGUGAAGGCCUUGCCUCCUACGUAACCAUAUGACUAAGGGUGCGUUUCUUUCCUAAAAUCCAAGAUGAAAUAAAAAUAAUCCGGAACAUUAGAAUUUUUUAUUAAGAAAAAUUAAAAGAAACAUCAUGUAUCCAAAAAGGAAUUAUUUUUCAUUUAUUUCCAUACACUACCCACAAUCGAAGGUAUCCCCGAGAAAGAAUAAUACGGCUGCUAACAAUGUUUCAAGUUUGCUGAUCUUUCAUUGUAUUCCGGAAGAUUAGCUAUAGGAUACUGCUUUAGACGGGCCAAAACGGGUCUUGCGAAAAGACUAGCUACUGGAAAAGUAAAGUCUUGCAAGACGCGCCGGCGAAGUUGCUUAGCAGUUUUGUCCUUGUAAACUAGAACAGUCAGUGCAGGUCCUGUUUGCAUUGCGAUUUUACCAUGCCGGUAAAACGGAUAAAAUCGAUCGUUUAAUCCAUGCUUCGGGUUCAAAAUGUCCAUAAAGAUGAUCAGUGUGAAACAGUUGAUGUUUGUAUUAAAAUUGUUUCAAGUUACUGCUGGCAGUAUUCAGUGUUUUGGGAUCGGUAAAGAAACGCUUCGGAUCAUGUAUCCAAAGUAUCCGGUUUUGGAUAUAAUCCAAAGAACUCACCUUCGUUGUGGAUCAUUUGGAUCAAUAAUCCGUUUUUGGAUUUUAGUGAAGAAACGAAAUAUCCGUUUUCGAAUUAAAAUCAGGAUUUGGAUUUUUGUGAAGAAACCUACUCUAACUGAAACGACUUCAUGGGAGUUGGAGCUGUAUCAUAAUUAUAUAGUUGAAAGCGGGAACUNGUUUUUGGAUUUUAGUGAAGAAACGAAAUAUCCGUUUUCGAAUUAAAAUCAGGAUUUGGAUUUUUGUGAAGAAACCUACUCUAACUGAAACGACUUCAUGGGAGUUGGAGCUGUAUCAUAAUUAUAUAGUUGAAAGCGGGAACUGUGACUGUAAAGGUUUCCGUUCAAAGCUUCUCCGGACUGACUAUGUACUCUAUACUAUAAAUCAGAAACCACACAGCCAUGUAUGGUUUGAAAUGACAUCAAAUUUCAAUGAUUAUUGUAAACUUGGUCCUAUGUGAAGAGGAAAACACAGUAUCACUCGCAAGUGCAAUGAUGCAACUCAAGUGACUUUAGAUUGAACUGAAAAGAUUUUAGUUAAAGCGCUAUAAAUAACUAAAACAGUACGUGAUCUUAGCAUACGAGUUAACCCAUAGAAGAUGUAGCUGUAUAUAUCAAUUAGGUUCAAAAGUUAAAAGACCUGGUUAAUUUAUGCAGUUUGUGCAAGUUUUAGCUCUUUGCAAUCAGUAACAAAGAAAAUAACAGCAACUAAAAACUGCUGAAUUACUGGGUGGCGAAUCGUUAAUGAGCUCACACAUUCUUUGUAAAUUUUUUCAAAGAAAAUUUCUACGAAAGUAUUCGGUGUAUCGGGCUCAAAUUUUCAGCGAUAACUGAAAUUGUUAUGCUCUUUCAACAUUCAAAAUUUCAUUUUGUUGGCUUCAUCAGAUAAUGAUAAGCCUAUGCUAAUGAGGCAAAAAAUGUAAACAAGGAUUCGCCUAUACCGGAAAGCUCUUGCGCUACUGGUUAACUUUCGCGCCGGCACGAAAAUCAUACCAAAUAAGCCUUCUGUUCAUACACGAGACAGGUGCCAGUUUGGUUCUGUGCCAUAUUAUGGUGUAGUGUGAACUGAUGUUCAGACCUUAACGGAAGUGAAUAACUUUGAAAGACAAGUGGAACCCACUUAGACGGAAGUAAAUAUUCGGGAGUGUCAGGAUUGCGGUUAAGGGAACUAAACCCUCUUGGCCAACCGUCCCAGCACGAUGUUCGAUGUUUACUGUGCGUGUGAACUACUUGCUUUAGUUCUGUGCCGUUGCUAUUGAUACUAUACCGGAAUGCUAUCAGGUUCAGUGUGAAAAUAGCCUAAAUAUGUUCGUCUUAUAAUUGCAAACUUGCCGUGUAAUGAUGUAACUCUUACGAGUGAUUUUAUUUUGACCUGAGCAGUGAUAUUAGCGAGAAUGUCAUGUAUUGAUUCUAUUUAGCUUUAACUUUUUAAAAAUUACAAAAACAAUACAUGAUCUUCAUAAAUACGAUGGGAUAUGAAAAUGCUGACCCAGUUAAACCGAUAAACAGCCUGUUGGUGUUUUCGACGCUUGAUUUACGUCGGAUUUACCAUGGUCUGAAUUCUCACGUAAACUGUAUUGUAAGAGCAUGCACUACAGGUUUGCAUUUAUCGCUGAAAGAUAUAUUACCAGCAGGUUCAAUAUUUACAGUUUUGGCUGUCAAUCUGACUUAUCUGAUUGUUAUCGCAAUAUAAGAGUUUCAGAAUAUCUAUAUCUGGUUUCAAAGUGGCUCACGUCUGUAGACUAAAUUAGGUUCUUUUGCGUCACAAUAAGUCUGACAACGUCUGAGAUUGGCGGGCUAAACAAAUUAUUUAUUUCUUACUUCAAACUUCAUCUAUUCACAUGUUCUGGUGCUUUGGAAAAAAGGGGGGAACUUAAUUCUGAUUUUACGCCGUAAAGUACAUCAGUUCAGACGACAGCAUGAAUGAAUCAUCGAAGAACGCAGACACUUGUUCUCUUCCCAUGGCUCAUGGUAUUUCACUGAUCACAAUCAACGCUAUCGUCUGCGUUUUGGGAUCACUUGGAAACUUGCUUGUUUGUUUGGCCAUUGCUACAAACCCUCGCCUACGCCGAGCCUCCAACUACCUUCUAUUCAGCUUAGCAAUCGCUGAUCUAAUCGUCACCUUGAUAUGCGAGCCACUAGCUCUGGAAAUCAUCAGCCACAUGACAUUCUUUCAUGAGUGUACAAGUAGCCUGAAACAACUUGCGUACGGCAUUUUAGGCAGUCUUUCAUGCACUAUUUCAGUAUUGCAUUUGGUUGCAAUAAGUAUUGAUCGAUUCGUUGCCGUUGUGUUUCCACUCCGUCACAAACUUUUCCUGAAGAAAUGCGGAAUUAAGAUUAUGCUUAUAACUUCAUGGUCAAUCCCCCUUCUUUUGCCCGUUUUAUUCUAUAGUGUCUCGUUAACUUCCUCUUCCGGCUUAUUCAUCGCAUUUGGAAUCUUUGCCUUUAGCUGUUUAAGUAUUUUCUUUUUCCACUUCCUGAUUGUAGCAUUUCUACUCCACCGCAGGAAGAUAAGAAAGCAGUUAGGAGCUCGAACAGUUUCCGUGAAACUGGCUUCCCGCAUGGAGGUCCGUGUUACUUGUACACUGGCUAUCGCAACUGGCGUUUUCGUCAUUUGUUGGACUCCCCUGAUAACUGCGUUUGCACCAAGUAAACCAUUGAUAACGUGGAAUGGUCCUCUACACAUGUGGCUCCAAACCUUGGCUUUGUCAAACUCAGCCAUGAACUUUAUGAUUUACUCUGCUAGAAUGCGAGACUUUAAAGAUGCAUACAUUGUUAUCGCAAGAACAAUCCUGAGUUUGUAGAGUGCUUAACUUUUACUACAGUUCAAGAAGUCAGAAAAGUAAAAAAAAAAGACAUUUUUUUCCCUUAUAGUAGAGGCCGGGUAAGUCCCGUUCAGAUAAGCAUGGCAUGGCCUGUUAAGCGAGGAAAGGCAAAAACAUAUAGUAUGCGCUGACUGCAUAGAAUAUUCUAUCAGUGUUAGCAAUCAACAACUUCAUAUUGGUCCUUUCGAGCUCAGCAUAAACUUUUCUUAUGUCAGAGUGGGCGGGAAAAACAGAUAUAUUUUUAACCAACUUCAAGCUUAGAGUUAUUUUUGUUCUAACAGUACUAAAAGUUGACGAAAAAUGAACAAUAGUGGAUUGCAGGGCGUGCAUGUUUAUUGUUAUAAUGACAGAGAGUGGUAGUAGUAUCUUCAUUGGUCAAUCUAUUCUUGUGUUAUUCAUGUAAUCACGUGAGUUUCCCCCCUAAACCUGCUAGCUGCAUUCUAUAGAAUUUUUCAUUUGUUUGUGACAAAUGCCUAAAUCAUGAAAAAGUAAAACAUGAAGAGCAGAAAAAUAGACUCACUCCUUUGGACUGGUCAAUUUAUAGCCCGUUUCUCCUCGCUCUUCGCCUCUGAGGACGUUUCACCAGGAAUAACUCCAGGAAUAAUUCCAUACUGAUGACGUAAAAUCUUUCCGUAAUCCAGUAAGAAGCGCUGAUUGGCCGACGGAGUAGUGACAUUGUUUUAGCUAUUGUUUACGAAAAACAGACAAAAGACAAAAAGCCACGAAGGUCAAUGGAAACGCGAUGAAUCUCUAACAAAACAAUCAAAUUUGGUGGAAUAUAUUCUUCUCCAGAACAAGCAUUUGAGUUUUGCUGGAGCUCGUUCGCAGAUGAACACAUCACUUUAGUAAAAUCGACCAGGAAAAACUUAAAAUUGGACAAAUUUGGAUGUGGAACCCCAUGACUACCGGAUACAUUAUGUAAAUCGCUGAGUGGCAGACGUUCCUCCGCGCAAAACAUCCCCGGCAGCGAAGAGCAAGGAGAGACGGCUGUUUUCGCAGGCUAGUCAAUUUAUAGAUAUCUCUCUUCUUUUGAAGACAUGUUUAACACUUAAAAUGAAACUAAACAGCCUUGCAUGUUUUAAAAUAAACAUCAAAUUGCAAUGAUCUUUUUACUGAAAGUUUUUCUUUUAAAUAUGUUACAAACUUGUUCCUUCGUAAAAUAGAUGUCACUCGCAGAUAUAAUGAUGCAAAUAAAGUGAUAUGAUUCUUAUUACCCUUAGCAGAUAUUAGUUUAGAAGGUACACUGAAUCGAUUAAGGCUAAACUUCACAAACACAAUACAUGUUUUUUGAACAGAAAAUGGGGUCUUCAACAACAACAGUUAUUGCUGCCGGUUAUUUAAGUUGCCUGUUAUUUCACGAAUUAUAAAUCUUUCGCUAUCAUGCGGCCAUUUCUCUGAGGAAUGGAAAGAGGCUCUGGUUACUCCGAUCCUUAAGAAACCUGGCUUAGACCCGACGCAGUUGAAUAACCUUCGCCCUGUCAGUAACUUGGACUUUACAUCAAAAUUGACAGAGCGCGCUGUUUUCGACCAAAUUCACAGUCAUAUGAGUCGCUUCGCCCUUUAUCCAACCUCGCAAUCCGCUUACCGAAGGGGUCACAGCACAGAAACACAUGCCUAUGCUGAUGACACUCAGCUUUACAUGUCGUUUAGUCCUGACACGGCUACUAAUCAGACUGAUGCGGUCAUUGCCAUGGACGCUGUAUAUAGGACAUUCGUACGUGGAUGCUUAUGGAUAAGCUCAAACUUAAUGAUGACAAAACUGAGUUCAUGUUGAUUGGUACAAAACAACAACUUUCCAAAGUAAAUAUUGAUUGCCUUAGGAAGCAUUGACGUUGCUGGUUCGAUUCUAACUUGAAUCUCCACGAACAGAUCCACAAAACUUGUAAAUCUGGGUUUUUCCAUUUAUACAAUAUUCGGCGUAUCCGAAAAUAUCUGUCCCAGGAGUCUGCACGAACUUUGGUCCAUGCUUUUAUCAUUGGUCGUAUAGAUUACUGCAACAGCCUUCUAUUUGGUUUACCCUAUGUUCAUCUACUUAAACUACAACGCUUGCAGAAUGCAGCUGCUCGGCAUAAAUCUAAUGUCCCUCGCUACAGUCACAUAACACCAGUACCAUGUUCGUUACAUUGGCUUCCUGUCAAAUUUCGUAUUGAUUUUAAAAUACUUCUUUUUACUUUUAAAGCUAUCUACGGUCAUGCGCCUGGUUACUUGAUCGCUUUGAUUGCUAUAAUCUCCGCUCAGCUAGUGGUCUUAUCUUAAAGUAUCCUAGUUUAAAACUGAAAAAGACUUUAGGGGAUCGUGCUUUUUCAUCUGCUGCCCCUAAUUUAUGCAACAAUCUGCCCCUUCACAUCCGUCUUGAGGACAAUUUUGAACGUUUUAAAUCUUUACUUAAAACGCAUCUUUUUAGACUAACUUUUGAUGCGUAAUUUUUUUUAACCUACUAUGUAAUAUAUUUAGUGUUUUUUUAUCUUUUUUUAACUUUUAGCGUUGUUUAUUCUUAGCCUUAAUUAUUUUGCUCAUUUUAGCUUUUAUUUUCUUUUAACACUUACGUGUUGUCACGCGCUUUUGAUCAUAUUUGCCUGGAAAAGGCGCGUUAUAAAUUUUUAAUUAUUAUUAUUAUUAACAACAACAACAUAGCAAAGUAAUUGAAAUGAUAAUGAUGCCUGACCUUCUGCAAGGUACUUCGGCCACCUGAGCUCAAUAUUACUGACAGGUGUAAUGACGCAACGCAAGUGAUUUGAUCUUGACCUGAGCAGAUUUGUAAGUCAAUAAGGCUGGGCUUCAAAUUACUAAAGCAAUACAAUAUCUUGAUAAUAAUCAUGGAGAUUUUAACAACAACAGCUACAAAAUUUGCAAUGAUGAUGAUGAUGUCAAAUAAAUAAGUAAAGUGGAGAUUUAGAAGUAGCGCUUCUUUUUACUGGUUCUUCAUCUACCAGAUUCCUGGUCGAAUUGGUAUUUGAAAACGUUUUUUUUUUUGAGGAGAGGGGAAAAUCGAAGUACCCGGAGAAAAACCUCUCCUAGCAAAGGCGAGAACUUACAACAAACUCAACCCACAUAUGGCGUCGACGCCGGAAUUUGAACCCGAGCCACACUGGUGUGAGGCCGCGAUUGCUCUCAGCACUGCGCCACCCUUGCUACCCUAAUGGUGAAGAUACCUGGUUUAGCUGGCUUAGCUCAAACGCAACAUACUAAGUUUUUCGACAUUCAAUUGAUCCUGUCUUCAGGUUAAGACUAUGGUCCAAGUGGCAAAGAUUAAAAACUUUUGCAGUAUUUUAUUAUUGCAAUAAAGCUUGUUAGAAGGCUAAUAUUUGCAGCUACGGCUGUCAAUCUGACUUAUCUAAUUAUUGUUAUCGCAGCUAGUAUAAUACCUUCAGAAUGUCUAUUCCUGGCUCACGUCAGUAGACUAUUUAUAGGUUCCUCCCAGUCAAAAUAAGUCCAAUAACGUAUGACUGGGCGAGGUAAACAUAUUUUUCGAUAUCUCGAUCAGUUGCGAGUUUUUCCCAUUCACUGGAGCUUAGACCAAGUUAUCCUGAUUUUACACCGUAUAGAACACCAGGCGAUAAGAGAACAUGAACAAAUCAUUGGAGAACGCCAAGAGUUGUUCUCUUCCCAUGGCCCAUGGUAUUGCACUGAUCACAGUCAACGCUAUGGUGUGCAUAUUGGGAUCGUUUGGGAACUUACUCCUUUGUUUUGCCAUUGCCACUCACCCUCUCCUACGCCGAACUUCAAACUACCUUCUGUUCAGCCUAGCGAUCGCUGAUUUAUUCGUCACCUUGGUAUGCGAGCCCGUUCUUUUGGAAAUCUUCUACAAUCGAACACUUUUUCACGAAUGCAAAGCAAGCCUGGAAAGGCCGUAUCGUGAGUAUCAGUUAGAAAGAACAAGGCGAAGUCACUAGGUGAAUCGGAGCUAGUCACACCUAGCCAAAUAGCGGCAACGCAAGGGAGAAGUGGUGUUUUAAAAGUACUUGAAAUGCGGACUUGUGAUUUUGCUAACAGCUUCUUGGGCACUACCGAUUUCAGUUCCUGUUUUGAUGGUUUUCCUUCCGCCGUCCUUUCCCAAAAAGUUCAUGGCGAUGACAUCGUUUUCCUUGAGCUACUUCGUCAUCAUCUUUUCAUACUUUAUGAUCGCAGUAUUUCUGCUGAGGUACAAGAAGAAAAGACAGGACCUAAGAGCCCAUACGGUUUCCAUAAAGUUUACUUCGCGCAGAGAGGUCCGUGUUGCUUACACUUUAGCUAUUGCAACCGGAGUUUUUACAGUUUGUUGGGUUCCGGUAAAGACUAUGAGGUUUGUCAUAGGUAUGAAGCCAAACAGCCCUUUACACAUGUGGCUCCGGACCUUGGCUCUGUCAAACUCAGCUAUGAAUUUUCUGAUUUACUCUGCAAGAAUGCGCGCCUUCAAAGAGGCAUACUUAAGUAUCUUUCAAAAGAUGUGUCGCUUGUAGAAUUAAGAGUUUGUUUUGGACUUAACAUUCAUCAGUCUACUUUUAUAAGUUCGCUCGUGCUUGAUGCAUGCCUUCUUGAUUCCUGAACUGAUAUUGAUUUGCUCUGCUCGAAAGUCUUGUGAGGUGAAUUUAUUCAAUUACUGAAGAAUAAAAACUGAUAUGACUGUUUCAUUAAUAGUAAGAUUGGGCCGUGGACAUGAUCAUUGAAAAACGUGCUUGAUAUCAUUAAUGAUAUAGCCCUAAAAAAAGUAACUGUCAUUAUUAUUCACUCCAAAUAUUUGUCCUGUUCUGAUUCGCUAAAAUCCCACGCAAAAAUUAGCAUAAUCUGCUAUUGUCGACCAAAUACGAAGAAUUCUGCGAUAUGUAAAAAAUGACGACAAUCGUGAAGCUAAGUCGCAGAUUAAUGAACCGUUAACCGAGAAGACCUAAGGAGAGGUUGAGUUUUUUUAGUAGUGAGUGAAAAAAAUAGCAGAACAUUUCACGAGGAAUAAAUAGGCGAACUACAUUUCUGAAACUCAUCAAUAAUUCAUAACGUAAAUACAAAGGAACUUAAUGUUUAAUGAGUGUUUGGAAAUCAGAUGAAAAACUGCUCAUUUCUGCAUCCCUAACUUCUCCUGGUAAAAUCAUUCGUUUGAGAAGUAAUAUCAAGCAUUCGACACACUGUUUCAUCACCAGAUGAAAUACUUCGAAGUUUGUCAAAAAUACUCCGCUGCGCGUCGUAUUUUGAACUCUCUUCUCAGUGUUUCAUCUGGUGAUGAGACACUGCGUCUCAUGCUUGAUAUAUUACGAUUUUCUAAAAACAUAGCAAGAACACCAAGAAGACAACUCGACGGACGACAUCUGCUGUUUGGAGAAUAUUAAAUUUUCGGAGCUGAACGACCCAUUAUCUCCUAUUAACUUCCCGAUUAACAUGCGCUAUCGAAGACGAACUUAACAUCGAUGGAGGCAAGUAUGUUUUAGCUUGUUUUUAAACUAAGAAGAACUUUGAAUGAGUAAUAAAACAAUUAUCGAACUCGGCUUUCGUAUUAUCUGAUCAGCAAAAGUACGUCUCAUCUUUUCGUCUCAUCAAUAAUUGUUAAUUAUUUCGUAACAAAGUCAAUAGUUUCUUUGAUAAUUGUUUACAAAACCUUUUAUCAAAUUGAGACUCUUUUAGCUCUAAUUAUAAGGAAAAAAUGCUAUAAUUUUGAUGUGGCAAAAAUAGCUAAUAGUAAGCACAACAGUAAGCAAAUAACCAGUUGCUUUAAAACAAUGGUAAUAUAGCUGUUUAGGCCCCUGCACGCGCAAUCACGUCAAGUUAGGGAAAUAACUAUAAAGGGCAUUUUGUUUCUUUAAUGAACCGCGAGUAUCCUAGGCAUAGGGAAGAAAGUCUUUUCCUCCCCUCCCUCCCGCCCCCUUUUAAUUACUACCUUAUAUAUGAUAAACAAAUAUAUGUUCCUGUAUGGGGCCCUGUAUUUCGCUACUAUUCUCUAAAAUCUUGGACAAAUUAUACGGAAAGUACCAAAUCAAGGAUAAGAAAACGGUGCGUUUUGCUCGAACGCGCACAUUUUGGGAGUCCCAAGCUGGAUGACAUUUUUCUACGAAUGCGCAGCGAGCCUGCACGUUGCGUACUUCACUUUAUUCCAUCUUUUACGUACCACCUCUGUCUUGCAAAUGGUCGCAAUCAGUCUUGAUCCUUUCGUUACCGUUGUGUUUCCACUGCGACAUAUAAACUUCAUUGAGGGAUGUGCACUAAACGUAUGCUCAUAGUAUCAUGGUCUAUUCCGAUUCUUGCUCCCGCUUUGAGGUAUUUCGUUCCGCCCGCUAUUUUGCUCGGCUCAUGCAUUAAAUUUCUGAGAAGGACAACCUUUGCCUUGAGCUAUUUCUCUAUUAUUUUCUUUUCUUACUUUUUGAUCGUUACAUUUUUGCUCCUCCACAGGAAGACAAGAAAGCUGCUAGGGGCUCGAACAGUUUCUGCGAAACUGACUUCCCGAAUGGAGGUGUGUGCUGCUUACACACUGGCGGUCGGAAGGGGCGCGUUUACUGCUUACUGGAUUCCUCUGAUAAUUGCAAUGGGUUUUUUCGCUGGAAAAUAUUUUGUUAAACGGAACAUUAAUCUACUCAUGUGGCUCCGAACUCUGGCUCUGUCAAACUCAGCCAUGAACUUUCUGAUUUACUCUGCUAAAAUCCGGGAAUUCAAGGAGGCAUUCGUCAGCAUCAUACGGAAGAUGUUCCGCUUGUAGAGUACUCGACGUUUGCGAAAGCUUUGAAAAAUUUCUCGAAAGUUGAGCUCGAAAUUUCUCAUCAUCCCAUGGUAUACAUGUAGGUUGAAGGCAUAUAUGCUUAAAACUUGCGUGGCGGUGGAUGAAAAAAAAAAAUCUAACUAAAAAAGAAAUGACCGUCUUGUUAUUCUUGGCAUACUCAUAUGGGCCCCCAAAGGGAAAUUUCAUAACUACACGAAAAAUUGAACUUAAAAUCAGUAUAAAAAUAUAAUUUGUAGAUCAUGCGCGAAGCACAUAAUGAACAAAUUUAUAGAGCUUUGUAUGGAGACGCCAUGUUGGAGCUCAUCCGGAUGAGCUCCAACAUGGCGGAUGGAAACCAACAGGAACAUCUGUUACCGAGUUUUGCUACAAAAGCGUGAAUUUACUCCCAGAAGAACUCGUAAACAUUAAAGUAAUACUUUUUCUAACACUUGAACCGUUUAGACAGCAAAAUUCCUCGAAAAAAGUCACUUUUUUAACAGCUCUCUCGGCCGUCAUGUAAAUGCUGCGUCACACAAAAGCUUAGAAAUUCAAGCGUAAUCUAUUACAAAACCAAGAACUCUUUUGAAGCGAAAAUUUGUUUGAAAAUUAGUUUUCAGCUGCUCUAAUACACCAUUAAAGUAAAAUCUCAGUAGGAUCGAUAGUUUUGUAGUUUGAAUUUUAGUGACGUCAUGUGAAAACCAACAAUUCUUGCCUUUGGUGAAAUCCGCAUGAUAAGCUGGUGAGCUGCUGGGACAGAGAAUGAUUAAAACUUUCGAAUAAUGAACCUGGCCGUAGGCGUGGCCGUUUAUAAAGUAGCAGCAUAUAAUGUUGAAAACGCAGAUAUAGAUUCACAAAAAAUCACCCCAGUAAAAGAGAGGGAACACUUGCCACAGCCCGAGCGGGGAACAAGAGUCAGCCAAGCCCGAAAACAACAACAACAAAUUCUAUUUCUCCUGACUGUCGCGGAAGUUAAGCUUGUAUAGGCGCGUCCGAGACUCACAACAUUUUGGAUUUUUUUUCUACCUAAACCAGUGGUCGCCUCUAUUCUAGAAUGUGUCGUACUUGUACAAAAUGCGGAAACCAUGAAAGAGUAACAUCAGGAGCCGAAAACGCCUACCAUUCGGAGGGUCAAUAUGUAAAUAAAAUCCUUUUGUUAGGAUCUAUUUCACUCCAAAACAAAAACUACAAAGCCACGCAUGUUUCGAAAUUAACAUCAAAUUUUUAAAAAUGUUCUUUUCGUUUAAGGCUAUGUUCACACUAUGGACGGAUUCAUCUUGACGUCAUUGUUUACAUUUUUGCUCAUUAGCAUACGAGUUAACCCAUGUAGCCGUAUAUACCACUUAGUUGCAAAAAAUAAAAGAGCUGGUUAAUUCAUGCAGUUUUUGCAAGUUUUGCAAGUUCGCAAUCAGUUUGUGCAAGUUUUGCAAUCAGUAACAAAGACAAUAACAGCAAUUAAAAACUGCUAAAUUACUGGGUGGCAAAACGUUGAUGAGCUCACAUAUUCUUUGUAAAUUCGGGGGUUUUUCAAAGAGAAUUUCUCCGAAACUAUUUGGUAUAUCGGGCUUAACUUUUCAGAGAUAACUGAAAUUGUUAUGCUUUUUUAAUAUUCAGAAAUUUCAAUUUACUAGGUUCAUCAGAUAAUGAUAAGCCUAUGCUAAUGAGACAAAAAAUGUGAACAAGGAUUCGCCUAUACCGGAAAGUUCUUGCGCCACUUCUUAACUUUUGCGCAGGCACGAGAAUCAUAUCAUGUAAGGCUUCUGUUCACAUACGAGACAGGUGCCAGUUAGGUUCUGUGCUACAAAUAUGGUGUAGUGUGAACAGAUGUUCGGACCAUAGCUGAAGUGAAUAACUUUGAAACACAACUGGAACCCACUUAGAUGAAAGUAAAUAUUCGGGAGUGUCAGGAUUGCGGUUAAGGGAACCAAACCCUCUCGGCCAACCGUCCCGGCACGAUGUUGGAUGUGUACUGUGCGUGUGAACUACUUGUUUCAGUUCUGUGCCGUUGCUAUUCAUACUAUACCAGAACGCUAUCAGGUUCAGUGUGAAAAUAGCCUAAUUAUGUUCUUAUAAUUGCAAACUUGUUGCUGUGUAAAGGUGAACAUCACUUGCAGCUCAAUGUAAUGAUGUAACUCAGAUUAAAUCCAACAUGUUUCGUAUUUGCAUUACAUUUGCAAUCAAUCGCAAGUCAGUAAGCAGCUUUAAUCAAGGAAACAAUUUUUAAUCGUGUUUAACUAAACGGCUUUUAAACUUGUUUAAGCUUUGGUGUGAAACGGGCUCUAAUUACUAUUAUUAUUUAUUCAAAAUAUUUCCCCAAUUCUGAUUGGCUAAAAGCACACGCAUAAUCCACCAGAACCAGUUACUGAUGACCAAAUUUGGAAGAAUUUGGACUUUAACGAGGAAAUGACGUAAAAAAAUGUAGCGUUCUUACAGAUUAAGGCACCGUGGGAACGAGGCUGAGUUGUUUUGGCUGUGAAAGUAAAAAUGGCGGAUACUUCACUCGUUUGAAGAGUAAAAACUACAGCUGGAACUAGGCGUAAUAAUAGCAAAAAACAUAGCAAAAUCAGCAAGAAGACAACUUGCAGGGCGACAUCUGCUAUUUGGAGAAUAUUUGAGGAGCUGGACAAACCUAAACGCAAACUAUCGAGGAUAAACUUAACACCGAUGCAGGUAAGCUUGUUUUAGCUAUGUUUUUAAACUAGGAAUUAUUUUGAAUGAAUAAUAAAGCAAUUCUUGAAUUCGGCUUUCUUAUCAUAUAAGGAAUUAUGGAGAUCUCGGAGUGUGUUAUCCGCCUCUGCCGAUAACAUCCUCCUCGAUCUCCAUAAUUCUUCAUAAGAUACUCAGCCUCAUUCAUUAAAGGGGCUGUGUCACGGCAGUCCAGUUCAUUUUGUUUAAUUUUGCCAAUUAGUCGCCCUCAAUCGCUAUGGAACUUAAUUUUAGCAAAGAAAUUACAGGUAAAUGGAAAAAUCAGAGAUCCGAAACAAACAAUUAUGACUCCUGGGCAUUAUUUUUGAAGUUGCAAGCAGCAGGGAUCAACUUUGAAAAACUGUUAGGCUGAACAGUUUUCAAAAACCCUAAUUUCAAUCCGUUUCAAUCUUCAGUUUUGCCCAUCCGUGGCAUCUGUUGUUUCUGUUAUGUUAUUUUAACCUUCCUUUAUACUAUAUUCUAGAAACAUGCAUUACAGACUCGCAUUUAUCACUGAAAGAUAUACUACCAUCAGAUUCAAUAUAAGGACUUAUGGCUGUCAAUCUGACUUUAUUAUCCGAUUGUUAUCGCAGUAUACGAGUUUCAGAAUAUCUAUAUCUGGCUUCAAAGUGGCUCACGUCUGUAGACUAAAUUAGGUUCUUUUGCGUCACUGACGAUAUAAAGCUGACAACGUCUAAAAUGGGCGGACUAAACAAAUUAUUUAUUUCUUACUUCCAGCUUCAUCUAUUCAAAUGUUCUGAUGCCUUGGAGGAAAGGAGAGAUCUUAAUUCUGAUUUUACGCCGUACAGUACAUCAGUCCAGACGACAGCAUGGAGAACGCAAACAGCUGUUUUCUUCCCAUGGCUCAUGGUAUUGCGCUGAUCACAAUCAACGCUAUCGUCUGCGUUUUGGGAUCACUUGGAAACUUGCUUGUUUGUUUGGCCAUUGCUACAAAUUUUCGCCUUCGCCGAGCCUCCAACUACCUUCUCUUCAGCUUAGCGAUCGCUGAUCUAAUCGUCACUUUGAUAUGCGAGCCUCUCCUUAUGGAAGCCAUCAUCCAGAGAAUAUUCUUAUACGAUUGCACAGCAAGCUUGUGCAUGGCGUACAACUUUUUAAGCUAUCUUUCAUGUGCCACCUCAGUCUUACAUAUGGUGGCUAUCAGUCUUGAUCGAUUUGUUGCCGUUGCCUUCCCACUGAGACACAAACACUUCAUGGAGAAAUGCGGACUUAAGGUUAUGCUUAUAGUAUCCUGGUCAAUUCCCAUUUUUGAGGUGAUUCUUCUUCUCGUUUUG